GGCAGAGCUUGGUGGGGAACGCUUGAAUUUGUCUGUAAUUGCUGCACCCUCUGACCUACCUCUUCCUUUUGAGCCUGGUCGCAGAGAUUCACUUCUGUAGUUGUAGGCUGCCCUCCGGUUUGGCCAAUGGGAAUACGGGCAAGAGGGAAUCCAUGAAGUCAGAGGGCACGAAAGAGUCACACAGUGAUCAAGAAGGUGGUGGAGAUAAAGAUCACUCGAAUGGGCGGGCAGACCCCCUCAGUAAGCCCGCAGAACUGAACGGGACCUAUAAAAACACAGACACAAAGCGAAGCGAGCAGGACCUCUCUACGCAAGGGUCACCAGCCCGAUCUUCAGUCAUGGAGAAUGAACUUUUAGAGACCGAGUUGCCCCAUGGGUCUACGGUGGGCAGUAAUGGAUAUAUUUUAAGCAAACAGAAGGAGGACACAGUCUCUACCCCACACAGGACUAACUGGUCCCCCAUUGGGGGUUCCACGUUGGGGCAAGGGACUAAAAACUCUCCUUCUGCAACAUCCACAUUGCGAUCCCCUGAGCAGGGCUCUCCGAACAUUGACACAAGCCUAGGACCAAUCCCAAAUGAGAGACGCGCUGAAACAGAAACUAAAAAUGGCAUAGCGCCAAACACGCCCCCGCCCGUAACGAUACACCGUGCACGCAAAACGAUGUCAAGGCCAGCCUCGAACCAGACACUAAAGUUUUUAAAUAGGGAAAAUAAGGAGCCAAUUGUGGUGAAAAAUGACAGUGUGGACAAACCAGAGGCAGUGCAGCCAUCUCCAAUCCAGAAUCAGCUACCUCAAAGCCAAACUGAUGCCACAUCUGUACUGACGACGACCACACCAGCCAAGCCACAAACAGUAGCAUCCAUGUCAAGGAAGAAAAAGAGAAAGAUGGGAACAUACAGCCUUUCGCCCAAGAAGAAAAACAAAGUCUUGAAGCAACGCACAGUUUUGGAGAUGUUUCAACGUAUCUCGCAGUCAACACCCAACCCUCAGCCAAAAGAUGUAGUGCAUGUAAAUGGAGAAAGAAUGGAGAUUGAGUCUGAUGAUGAGGAGUCAGAGGAAGGAGAUGACAUGGAGGAUGAGGUGUCUACAGAAGAUGGAGCCAAAAGUUCUCAGGAUGAAUCCAAUAUGGCUUCGGUUUCUCAGCAGGGUCUUGAGGAGUCUGAGGAGGAGUCACAGGAAGGUGAAGAGGAAGGGGAUGAAUCAGACUUGAGUUCAGAGUCGAGCUUGAAGAAGAAAUGGAAAAAGAAGAUAAAGGGAGAUCAAGCCUGGCUACGACCAUCAAGAAAGCGAAAGAGGAAAUUGAAAGCACGGAUUGAAGGACUGUCUGGUAUGGAGACCCAGUCUCAAUCAGAGAGCCAGAGUCCACCAUCAGCACCUUCGGAUCACAGAAAGGAGUAUAAAGAAGUCCCACUAGAUUCGCUAAACUUGCCAGCACAGGAGGCCUUAAUGACAUCUCAAAACACAGGGCCAGCGGAGAGCACAGAUGCUGAUAUGGUACAGGAACUUCCUCUUUGCAGCUGUCGAAUGGAGACACCCAAGAGCAGAGAGAUCCUCACGCUGGCGGACAGGAAGUGCAUGGCGACAGAGAGCGUUGAUGGCCAGCUGAGUCGAUGUCAGAGCGCAGUGCUGAAGCACGAGAUGAUGAGGCCUUCAAACUCGGUCCAACUGCUGGUUUUGUGUGAGGACCAUCGCACAGGCAUGGUCAAACAUCAGUGCUGUCCAGGCUGUGGCUACUUUUGCAGAGCAGGUACCUUCAUGGAGUGCCAGCCAGAAGUGAACAUCUCCCAUCGUUUUCAUCGUGCCUGUGCCUCAGUUCUGAACGGUCAAAGCUUUUGUCCACAUUGUGGAGAGGAGGUCAGCAAAGCCAAAGAGGUCACCAUUGCCAAGGCUGAUACGACCUCCACCGUGCCUCUCACCACCCAAGGUCCAUCGACCCCCAGCACUUCAGAAGGCAAAGCGGACACCACAACCGGAGGGUCCACUCGGCUGUCUGUUCUUGGGGAGGGAAGUGCGGACAGCUCCUUAUCCAAACCUCCAGAGUCGCUUGAAACAUCCGUGUCACCUCUGGGCUCCAAAUCAGGGACUGUGGGAGCAGGAACUUCUACUGGACCUCUAACAGGACCUCCUAAAGAAACUCUGGAAAGUGUCCUGCUGGCUCUGGAUGCAGAGAAACCCAAGAAACUCCGGUUUCAUCCAAAACAGCUAUACAUUUCUGCCAAACAAGGUGAACUGCAGAAGGUGCUUCUGAUGCUGGUGGAUGGGAUAGACCCUAACUUUAAAAUGGAGAGUCAAAGCAAACGUACACCGCUCCAUGGAGCAGCCGAGGCAGGUCAUGAGGAAGUGUGCCACAUGUUGGUUCAGGCUGGUGCAAACCUCGACAUUUGUGACGAGGACCAACGAACCCCUCUGAUGGAGGCUUGCGAGAACAACCACCUAGACACAGUACGCUACUUGCUGCGGGCUGGUGCUAUCGUAUCUCACAAGGAUGUUGAAGGUUCAACGUGCCUUCAUCUUGCUGCUAAGAAUGGCCAUUUUGCCAUUGUUCAACAUCUGCUGUCCACAGGCCUCAUAGAUAUUAACUGUCAGGAUGAUGGCGGCUGGACAGCAAUGAUUUGGGCCACUGAAUACAAACAUGUAGACCAAGUCAAACUACUGCUCUCCAAAGGGGCUGAUGUCAGCAUUCGAGACAAGGAGGAAAAUAUCUGCCUGCACUGGGCAGCGUUUUCUGGCUGCGUGGAGAUCGCAGAGAUCCUGCUGGAAGCGAAGUGUGAUGUCAAUGUCAUCAACAUCCACGGAGACUCACCGCUGCACAUAGCAGCACGGGAGAACCGGCACGAGUGUGUUAGCACGUUCCUGUCACGGGGGGCUGACGCAAGUCGGAAAAACAAGGAGGGAGAUACACCCAUGCAGUGUUGUAGCCAAGGUUCAAAGGUUUGGAGUGUCCUACAAGCCAGCAAGAAGCAAAGAGAAGCUAACAACAGCCAGAGCGUCCCAGCAGGGAAACUUCUGAACAGGGAUAUCGCAAGAGGCUACGAGAAAGUUCCUGUUCCAUGUGUGAAUGGGGUGGACAGCGAACCUUAUCCUGACAACUACAAAUAUAUUCCUGAUAGCUGUGUGACUUCCCCAAUGAACAUUGACAAAAACAUCACUCACUUGCAGUACUGUGUCUGUAAAGAUGACUGCUCUUCAGCCAACUGCAUGUGUGGCCAACUCAGCCUGCGCUGCUGGUAUGAUAAAGAGAGCCGCCUGCUGCCCGAGUUCUGCAGGGAGGAGCCGCCCCUCAUCUUUGAGUGUAAUCAUGCCUGCUCCUGCUGGAGAACCUGCAAGAACCGUGUAGUGCAGAACGGACUGAGGGUAAGACUGCAGUUGUUCAGAACACAAUUGAUGGGAUGGGGUGUGAAAACAUUGCAGGAUAUCCCGCAAGGGACUUUCGUUUGCGAAUACGUGGGUGAGAUCAUCUCUGAUGCAGAGGCAGAUCUCAGGGAGAACGACUCUUAUCUUUUCAGUCUGGACAGCAAGGUCGGUGAUAUGUACUGCGUCGAUGCCCGUUUCUAUGGUAACAUCAGCCGCUUCAUAAACCAUCACUGUGAACCGAAUCUGUUCCCCUGUCGAGUGUUCACUUCACACCAGGACCUGAGGUUUCCUCACAUCGCCUUUUUUGCCAGCAAGAACAUUAAUGCUGGAGAUGAACUGGGAUUUGAUUACGGUGAUCACUUCUGGGACGUAAAGGGAAAAUUGUUCAGCUGCCAGUGUGGUUCAUCCAAAUGUAAACACUCAGCAGCCGUCAUCGCUCAGAGACAGGCGGACAGCACGCCCGGCGACCAGCAGCCCAGCGCCCUGCCCGAUACCAGUUCAUCUACCCCAUCGAGCCCCAGCUAGACUCCCCCAAACUUUAUCAUCUCUAGCAUCUGAUAUCUGGUUCUGUACUUUCUACCAGCCUCUCACCUACCAUCACCAGCAUGGGCACACCUUUGACAUCACUAACAGUGCCCGACAAA